CGCGCACGUCACUCUCGAUCGAGCAGGGCGCAUGCGCGGCCGCUCUUCCCGCGCUUUUUGAUUUGACAUUUAAAAACAAAAAGUGUUUAAGUUUUUAAUUAGUGCAAGCGCGUCUCUUUGCAAGUGGCCAGUUGUAUAUUGUAAGUAUUUUGAGCCGGUCAACUACCUCGAACUGUCCAGAGAAAAGCAGUUUUGAUAAUGCGCCAGUUAGUUUUGGUGCUAUUGUUUGCGGCGGGGCUGGCGAGCGCACGGUGGGUGCGUCGCGCCCGCUCCGGACAACCCAGGGUUACCAGCUUCGUCGGAGAGGCUACCAACGAACUCUCCACCGCUAUCUUCCAGGGUUACAUUGACGAUAACAGAAACAUUGCAUUCUCUCCUCUGGGCUACUCUGCUAUCCUUGCCAUCUUGGCUGAGGGUGCCAGCGGAGAGACCAGGGAGCAAUUGGUUACAGCACUACAUCUCCCUGACGAUCCCAAUCUCACCAGGAAAACCUACCGGUACAUCAUGGAAAGACUGAAAAACACCCACGAGUACAAAUAUAAUCAACCAGAACUGAAGAACUUUUUCUAUAUCUACAAGAACUACACGAUAAAUGACAAUUACAAAAAAAUUUUAGAAGACUACUAUCUAACUGAAGUAAGGUCUGUUGAGAAGUAUAAUGCAGAACAGCAUCUUAAGCCCGAUGAUGACGAUGAUAACGAUGAUCAAAAACCUGAGUUCAACGCAAGUUUACCAGAAAAGAAGCCUGAGGAUAAAAUCGAUGACAUUCCAGAGCUUAUGCCACCUAAAGAAUCACAGGAAAAACUGAUUUCCUUCGCGGUUGAAGAUACGCCGGAGAAAGUGGACUUUGAGUACAAGCCAGCGAAGAAUAUCAAGGAAAAGAUCAAGCUAGUGAAGACAUACCCGAAGAAAGAAGAUUCAGGAGAGGAAGAAGAGACUAUGGUUGCGGUGGAAGCUAGAAACCACGCUAGGAGCCUUAAAGUUUUGGAGGAUAAGAAUGACAUUACUUCUAGCAUCUCUGUGAACAGCGUUGGAAAAAAAUCAAACAAGGCCUCAGCCUCCAACUCCCUUAUGAUUAUCUUCAACGGUAUGUAUUUCCGUGGUUCAUGGAAGCAACCCUUCGAGAUUGUUGAAUCUGGUACCUUCUACAAGUCUAACACUGAGAAGAAGCAAGUGACGAUGAUGAAAACCAAGGGAACUUUCAAGACUGGGUCUUUGCCUGGCCUUGACAGCACAGCUAUCGAACUGCCGUACGCAGGUGAUCGCUACGCACUUCUUCUUGUCGUGCCAGAGUCCCGUGAUGGCCUUACCAGGUUGACCACCGACUUGCCAGUUGCGCCAUUAUCUGAGAUUCAGGAAAGUCUUACUGAAGAGGAGCUCUUCGUCAGCCUACCCACCUUCUACAUGGAGACUACCACUAAACCCGUUGCGGCUUUGGCUAAGUUUGGGGUAAGCAGCAUCUUCAGCCGCGACGCGGAGCUGUCUGGAGUGUCUGCUACCGAGGGUCUGUUCGUCCAGGAGUUAGUGCAGCACGUCGCCGUUCGCGUCGACAACGCUGACUCAUCUGCCACCGAAUUGACCGCUGGUGAACCGUCAGAGGCUUUGAAGAACAUGCCACUGUCAGCUGCCAGUGUGAAGGCACCGCGCAAGUUCAACGUGGAACAUCCAUUCCUGUUCUUCAUAGUGGAUCGUAUUGACAACCUCGUCGUCGUCGCCGGCAAGGUCGUUGACCCCCAGUACCCCACACCGUUCGAAAUUUAAUUAUUUUGACAGUUUUUUAAUUUCAGAAUUCGGUUUAUGCCUAACACUGUUAUUUUUUUAAAGCUACGUAACUCUUUAAAAGAUGUUAAUACAUAGUUUUUUUUUAUAAUGUGAGCCUAGAAUUACAUUUACAUAUUUAUUUAUUUACAAAGUACUUAUUGUUGAGGUUAUAUUGCAAUGUACAAGUAGAUUUCCACAAAUGAACCAGAAGCAUUUGAUAAUGAAAAAGUACACAGCCUAGUUGUAAGUUAGUUUAAGUUUAAUAUUUAUUUAUUUUUUAUAGAUGUUGUGAUAUGCUUAAGAUUAAAUUAUUUUCAUUAAAUAAAUAA